CAGCUUGUUAUGAAAGGAAGAUUAUUGGACCAACGCAGAGCAACACAUGGUUCCAGGUUGAGGUCAGGAUGGGGAACAUCUCACCCAGGGUUCUGGUCUCACUCUUGAUGAAUUCACUCCUCUGCUGCGGACAUGCUGAAGACGCAAACCUGAUUAUUGAUCCCAACUGGUCGACUUUUCAUCCUGAAGAGAGCGUGACGUUCAUUUGUGUCAUGAGUGAAGGAGAAGAGACCGACUGGCAAUAUGAGCUUAGAAGAAAUGGAAAACAAUUUAUUCAAUACAAUACGCACAAAAGCUACACAUUACAAGGUAUCCAAAUCGAUCAGAGUGGUGAAUACCAGUGCUGUGGACUCAGGAAGACCUCUGGUGGUACCGACUGCAGUGAUACUGUCUCUUUAACUGUUACUGCUCAACCCAAAGCCAAACUGACUGCAGGUCCCACAACCAUACCAGUAGGGGGCAGUGUGUCACUGAGAUGCUCAGUGGAGCCCUCUACUGGAUGGAAAUACAUAUGGGUCACAAAAACCCAAAACACACCUGAAGUUGAAGUCAUUCAAGAAGGAAACAGAGAAAUUAAAGUAACAAAAGGAGGAAUAUACCGAUGUAUUGGAAAGAGAGGAAAUGGAGACUAUUGCAGUGUUGUAAGUAACGAAGUGAGCUUCAAUAUAACCUUUUCCAACAAGGUUUUUGUGACUCGACGACCAAACCGGCCUCAGAUCUUCAGUGGUGAGUCGAUCACUCUGACAUGUGAGGUCCAGGGAGGAGAAACCACUGAGUGGACGUGUGACUGGAAGAAAUCUGACAAACCUGUAAAAGUGGGAAAUGAUAAACACCUGACUGUCAGUGUUAAUGAGUCCAGCAGUGGAAACUACAUGUGUCAGUGUAGACGCAGAGACGACUGGUAUUCUGUGACAAAGUGGAGUGAAAAGAUCCCAGUGUCUGUGUCAGUGUCCAGUCCAGUCAGCUCUUCGUUUCUUGUGCUCUUAAUUGUUGGACCGAUUAGUGGAAUCGUUCUCGUCGUCCUCCUGCUCUUGUUGUGGCGAUACAAACGGUCCAAUGAUUUAUGCUGCGUCCGCAGCCAGAGCUCUGCCACCAAUCAUGGAGUGGAUCAGACCGAAGGUCACCUUUACAGCUCUCUGCUGCAUGGCACCACCUCCCUGUAUGAGACAGUUCAUCCACCUGGAGCCAAUGGAAAUGAGAGGCGUCAUCAUCCAGAGGAAGGUUCUGUUUACGAUAAUGUGAGACCAGGACAUGAAAGACGCCAGUGAAGGUGAGAACUAGCGACCCGAACAACAAAAUGAAGGAAAUUGGAGUCCAGCAGCAACAGAUGCUUCACGCUAUUUUACAGUCAGAAACAAAUAAUUCUGCUGCCAUGUUUUGAUUAUAUGUUGUGAUGAUUGUUGUAUUUCUGCAGCUUUAAGAUGCCAAAGAUGAUCUAAUUAUGCUAUAUCUCUUCAAGAAUCAGAUUUUUGCUUUUUUUUCAGAAAUUGAAAUGUUGUAAGAUUCUUGAGAAAUAAAAUUAAAGAUGAAAAUUACAAACUCCCUUCUUACCUACACAGCUGGAUUUGUAGCUUUUACAGUUAUGCUAUGUUUGUAAUAAAUACGAGACUGUCACAGAGUUUGA